AUGGCAAGUAAAGUUUUUAACCGACUUACGCAAAUGGGUGUCGGUCUAGCCUUUGUCGGAGGAGUAGCCAAUAACGCUCUUUACAAUGUAGAUGGUGGAGAAAGAGCAGUAAUCUUCGACAGGUUCUCAGGCAUAAAAAACAUGGUUGUAGGAGAAGGUACACAUUUCAUCAUACCUUGGGUCCAGAAACCGAUAAUUUUUGACGUGAAAUCGAAUCCUCGAAAUGUGUCUACUGUAACUGGUAGCAAGGACCUUCAAAGAGUUGAAGUUACUCUGAGAAUUUUAUUCAGACCUAUAGCUGAAGAACUGCCAAAGAUAUAUACAACUUUAGGCGAAGACUACGAUCAGAGAGUACUCCCUUCAAUAACAGGAGAAGUAUUAAAAGCAGUGGUCGCUCAAUUCGAUGCAAGCGAAUUAAUAACACAAAGAGAAAUGGUGUCAUUCAAAGUUAAUGAAAGUCUCACUGAAAGAGCUCGUCAAUUUGGACUCAUACUUGAUGAUAUAGCAAUAGUACACAUAACGUUUGGACGGGAAUUUCUUCAAGCAGUAGAAUUAAAACAAAUAGCUCAGUUAGAAGCUGAGAAAGCAAGGAUCAUGGUUGAAAAGGCUGAACAGAAGAAGAAGGCAGCAGUUAUUUCUGCAGAAGGUGAUACCCAACAGGCUACACUAUUGGCUAAGGCGUUUGGUACUGCCGGUGAAGGCCUAGUGGAAUUGCGAAGAAUUGAAGCGGCUGAGGACAUUGCUUACCAGCUUUCUAAGUCCAAGAAUGUUACGUAUUUGCCUGAUGAAGGAUUUGUGAAUGUUAGGAGUUAG